AGAACUAUUGCUGAUUGAGUGAAAAUAUCUAUAAUAGUUUUUGUACUUGUGAUCAGUUUAUUUCACUAUUUUAUUUUUUAAUGGUUAUUUUAUUUAUUUGCAAUCAUCUUUUAUUUAAUAAUUAGUGAAAUGGUUUAUUUGUGUAUUGCAAAAAACUGCAACAACUCAAAAAUUGCCACUAAAAACGAAGAUUGUAAAAUGUUUAAAAUACCAAAAGAUUUUCCUAGAUAUAAAGAAUGGUUACAUAAUUGUGGCAGAGAUGAUUUGUUAGACAAAUCAAUUGAUACUCUGAAUAAAUAUUAUACAGUUUGUAAUGUUCACUUCAAAACUAAUAUGUUUUCAAACCCAGAGAAGUCUAGACUUCUUCCUAAUGCUGUCCCUACAAAGAUUUGCAAUUUUUCUGGCAUUUCCAUGUUGAAAGAGUAUGAAAUUCAGAACAGCACAGCUUCUUCAUCAUCAACCCAAACUCCUCAGUUGCUCUUUAUACAUACUCCCAUGAAAAAUAAAUUGGAAGAUGAAGUAAAAUUUGUAAAACAAAAAUGUGCUGAACUUCAGAAACAGGUUAAGUUUUUAAAUGAACAAGUAUCCAACUUAAAUUCGGUUAAUCAUUUUUAUGAAAUGUGUGACAUAUAUUUAUCUCCUAAUUUAUCAUUAAUUGUAAAAAAUUUUGUUAAUCUUGCUCAAAAGAAACCUCAAAGGUAUUGCUGUACUAAAGAACUAAAAAGAACUAAAACUAAGAAAACUUGAUUAUACUAACACACUUAUAAAAUACAUUUACACAAUUGAGUUCAUUUAAAAAAGUUAUUUUUUUAUUGUAUUUAAUUUAUUGUAUAAUUUAUGUGAUGAAUUUGUAUGUUGAUUUUGUAAUUAUAUUAUUAUGUUUAUUGAUUCUAUUUUUGUCUUUUUAUGUGUUUAUGUGUCAAAGGCAUAAUAGAACAAAUUAUUGAAAGUAAAAUAUGUAUGAAGAAUUAAAAAAUAUAAAAGUCAAUUGAACAUCAA